AAAAACUCGCUGACUCUCAGACAGGCCAGAAAAAAACGCAUGAUCAUACCCAAACAAGCAGAUCCCCAAUUCAGAAUAUAGGCUUCAACGUCACUGAUCCAUAUAUCAAUUUUGACUUCAAAGAAUUGUUCUUGUCUUUCAUCACUCUCGCUUUCAUAUUCGAAACCUCUGUCUUUUCAUCUGCCCAUUUUUGGACUGGGAUCGUUCAGUUAUCACUUGCAUCCAGCAUUUUCACUUCUCCUCUAAAUUCACAACCACCCCAUUUGCAUGAUGACUGGCCAGCCGGGAAAAGAAGACGAUUACUCCACGUUGUUUGACAAGCUAGAUAUAAAAAAUAGCGGCGAAAUCACGUUUCAGGAUUUCAAACGGGCGAUCAAGUCACUCAAUCAUCCCAUCGCAACCAAUCCCGACCUAGUCGAAAAAGUGUUUCAGUCAUUUGACUACAACAAAGACAAGAUUAUUGAUUUUAAUGACUUCAAGCGUUAUCUCAAGACUACUGAUGACCAGAUCCUCAAGGGGUUUAAUAAAAUCGAUCAAGAUAAUGAUGGAAAGCUCACAAAGGCAGACUUCAUCCAUUACCUAAAACAGACAUUGAACAUGAGCCCGUCCAGACACAUCGUUGACCACAUUUUCCAGCAGAUCGACUCGAAAGAUAAUGGCUACAUUACUUAUAACGAGUUUCGAGAAUUUUUGGUGUUGAUGCCACGUUUGGACGGGUCUCGGAUUGCUACUGCCUUCACAUUUAUUGCCGAAGAAUUAGACCUUUCUUCUGACGGUGAUGUCACGUUGAUUAACCAAUUCCUUAGCGGCUUUGGCUUUUUUCUUGCCGGAGGCCUCUCAGGUGUGGUUUCCCGUACUUGUACGGCUCCCUUCGACAGAAUCAAAGUAUUUUUGAUUGCCAGAACAGACUUGUCCUCAACAGUCUUGCGGUCCAAAAUGCAAAUUGAAAAAGAGGUAGCAUCUGGUGCUUCCAGGCACGUCAUUGAAGAGGCCAGAAAAGCAUUGGCCCAGGCUGAAUUGGAGAGUUCCAGAAGCGCUGCGGAGGCUCCUCACAGACGUACAAUUAGGUCUCCAAUUAUUCAAGCAGCCCGUACACUUUGGAAGCAAGGUGGCUUCAGGGCUUUCUAUGUGGGUAACGGGUUGAAUGUCAUUAAAGUUUUUCCCGAAUCUGCAAUGAAGUUUGGUUCAUUCGAAGCCACAAAACGAUUUUUGUCCAGAAUCGAGGGUGUUGAUGAUACUUCCAAGUUAUCACGGGUGUCGACAUAUUUGGCCGGUGGAAUUGGUGGUGUGGUAUCCCAGUUUGCCGUCUACCCCAUCGACACGUUGAAGUUCCGUUUACAGUGUUCCAAUCUCGACUCGCUGGUGAGAGGUAAUGCCUUGUUAAUCCAGACAGCCAAGAACAUGUACAAAGAAGGAGGGCUCAGAAUAUUCUACAGAGGAAUUUUUGUUGGAACCAGUGGCAUUUUUCCCUACGCGGCUUUGGACUUGGGAACCUUCAGUUCCAUCAAAGGUUUCCUUGUAAAACGACAAGCUAAACAGAUGAAUGUUCCUGAGGAUGAAGUUAAGCUCUCCAACUACAUUAUUUUGAGCAUGGGUGCACUUUCUGGAACCUUCGGUGCCACUGUGGUCUACCCGAUUAAUCUUCUACGUACCAGAUUGCAAGCCCAAGGCACUUAUGCUCACCCAUAUAGGUAUGAUGGGUUCAAGGACGUGCUAUUGCAAACCAUUGAACGUGAGGGAGCUCCAGGGUUAUUUAAAGGAUUGGUGCCAAACUUGGCGAAAGUUGCACCGGCAGUGUCUAUCAGUUAUUUCAUGUACGAGAACUUAAAGGGCUUCAUGGGUCUCAACAACAAGCUCAACUGAUGUAUUUUAUAUUACCAAAAUAGUAUUUAAUAUGAGAU